AUGCCAGGGACGCGGCGUCUACUUCGCGAGGAAAUUACUUACUCAUCUGCUAAAGAUAGAGAAGUCAAUAUUCUUCACCGCUUAAGCUAUCCCAGCCAGGAAACUCAAUUCUUCACCCUUCUCAAUAACGGGCGCAGCUGGAUUAGAGAAAUUGUUGCCCAUCACUUGAACCUAUCAUCUGAUGCAUGCCAUGUUGCCGAUGUAGACAACUGGCUCCAUGGAAGCUUUAAUGUGUGUAUUCCAGUCACUAUUGUUAACUGGAAAGGAAAGCUGCAGCCUGGAGAACGUGUCCUACUUCGACUUCCUCUGCCAUAUCGUGUUGGCGAGACUUUUCGGCCAGGAAAUGCAGACGAAAAAGUUCGAUGUGAGGCAGGUACUUAUGCCUGGCUGGAAGACAAUUGUCCAGAUAUACCAAUUCCGCGACUGUAUGGCUUUGCAAUGUCCACAAGUGAAACUUUUACUCAUACCGAAAACUUACCUCCUUUCACCCGCUGUAUACACUUUCUACGUCGCCGUCUACUUUCCAUGCUUGGUCACGCAGUUCCUUCGCAGUAUGUCCGUAACCAGAGGAGGACAUUUGCUGGUCAGGAAUUAGACAUUGGCUAUUUGCUGAUUGAGUAUGUUGAAGAAGCAAAAGGGAAAAUGCUAUCACACACAUGGAUUGAGAAGCAAGAUGAUAUGAAGUUACGAAGCAAUCUCUAUCAUGACCUUAGCCGGAUAUUCCUGAGACUUGCAAACACUCCUCUCCCAAAAAUUGGAUCUUUUGUUAUAGAUAAUAAUGGAUUCCUACGCCUGACAAACCGACCUCUUUCUCUCGGCAUUCAAGAAUUAGAGAAUGAGGAAAUUCCAACCGGUAUGCCGCGAGAUUACACCUAUUCUACUGUUGAUUCUUAUGUUGUGGACACUCUUUCACUUCAUGAUAACCGGCUUCAACAUCAACCAAAUGCAAUAAACGACCUGGCGGACUAUAUCUACCAAACAUCAGCCCUCACAGCAAUGCGAGCAAUUUUUCCAUUAUUCUUUCGCCGAGAUCUCCGCCGCGGACCAUUCAUUUUUAUGUUGACUGAUCUUCAUCAAAGCAAUAUUUUUGUUGAUGAAGCCUGGCAUAUUACCUCACUUGUUGAUAUGGAAUGGGGAUGCUCUUUACCUGUUGAGAUGGUUCAACCUCCUCACUGGCUUACAAACAAGGGUGUGGAUCAGAUAGUGACUGAGGAGUAUGAGAAAGCUCGAGUGGAAUUUAUGACCAUCUUGACAGAUGAAGAAGAGCGAGGUGACAGUGCUAGCAACACGAUUAAACUAUCAGUCAUCAUGAACCAGGCUUGGGAGAUGGGGACGUUCUGGUAUAUCCUCGCCCUAUCCAGCCCAACUGGGCUUUUCGCACUUUUUGGCAAAAAACUCCAACCAAAACUAAUUGAGAAAUGUCCCGAUCAUGGUGCGUUUCACCAAAUUAUGCCAUGGUACUGGACACAGGAUAUAGUGAGCAUUGCAACACGCAAGCUAGCGGACAGAAAGGAUUAUGAUGCCCGACUUCAGCAAGCAUUUGAGGAAGACACUCACACAAGUCAGAAUUUCGGCAACUCCUAA